AAAUAAAAUAAACACUCUUUACCUUUAACCCAAAAGCAAAACAAGAACUAAAAAAACUCUAUAAAAUACAAUUCAAUCCCCAUUUCUUAAACACUCCUCUGUUUCUCUUCACCUCCAUGGCCACUCACACCUCUCUUAUUUCUUGGGGAUCAGGUGAAGAUGGGCAACUGGGAAUUGGAACCAAUGAAGAUAAAGACCGGGUUUGUGCUGUUACAGCUUUAGAGCCUUGUCAAGUUCGCUCUGUUGUUGCUGGUAGCCGUAACUCUCUUGCUAUUUGCCAUGACGGCAAGUUGUUUACUUGGGGCUGGAACCAAAGAGGUACACUUGGACACCCACCUGAAACCAAGACUGAGAAUGUUCCUAGCCAAGUUAAGGCUCUUAAUAAUGUUAACAUUGUUCAGGCUGCUAUUGGUGGGUGGCAUUGCUUGGCUGUUGAUGAUCAAGGCCGUGCUUAUGCUUGGGGUGGAAAUGAGUAUGGGCAGUGUGGUGAAGAACCUGAGAGGAAGGAUGACACUGGGAGGCCAUUGAGACGAGAUAUAGUGAUUCCUCAGCGCUGUGCAACAAAGCUUACUGUUCGGCAGGUAGCUGCAGGGGGAACUCACUCUGUAGUGCUUACACGUGAAGGACAAGUGUGGACUUGGGGUCAACCAUGGCCUCCUGGUGACAUAAAACAGAUAUCUGUUCCUGUGCGGGUCCAAGGCCUUGAAAAAGUGAAGCUCAUUGCAGUUGGGGCAUUUCACAACUUAGCUCUUCAAGAAGAUGGAAACUUGUGGGCAUGGGGUAACAAUGAAUAUGGACAACUUGGAACUGGGGAUACUCAACCCAGAUCACAACCUAUUCCUGUCCGAGGGCUUUCUGGUCUCACCUUGGUUGAUAUUGCUGCUGGUGGAUGGCAUUCUACUGUGUUAACUGACGCUGGAGAGGUUUAUGGGUGGGGUAGAGGAGAACACGGGAGACUUGGAUUUGGAGAUAAUGACAAGAGCAGUAAAAUGAUGCCGCAAAGGGUUAAUCUUUUAGCAGGAGAAGACAUUAUUCAGGCUUCAUUAAUCUAAGCUUAUCAGCUCCAUUGGUCUGACCUGUACUUCUCAGAUGAUUUUAAGAUAAGAUCCAAACGUUAUAUGUUCAAAAUACUGUUGUCACUGUUUUAAGAUAGAAGAUAAGUCAUGACAUUUGCUGCGGUUUUGCAAUAAUUUAGCCAUUCUGUUUUACAUUGCAUAUGAUCGCUCCUACAUGUCGAGGACGAAGGUUAUAGCCAUUUGCAUGCAGUGCAUGGAUCCAACAACACAUGGAGCUACAUCUAUUUGUGUAGGAUCCUGAUGUUUUGGAGCUAUAAACGUGUCUGCAAUAAUUUUUUGCAUGCUACUGACUAUUCCUUCUAAAGAUAAAAAUAAGUUAUUUGAUGUCAAGAUAUGCUCCUGUGUCCUAAUAUCGUC